AUGCCAAGAGAAGACAUCUCCUUCAAAACUGCAGACCAGACAACCCUACGGGGAUGGCUAUACAAGCCCCCCAACUCCAGUAACGGACCUCUCUCCUGUCUAGUAAUGGCCCAUGGCUUCGCCGCCGUAAAAGAGAUGGUCCUCCCCAGUAUCGCAGAGCACUUUUCCACCCAUCUCGAUCUCGCCUGCCUAGUCUACGACCACCGCGGGUUCGGCGAUAGCGAUAACCAGCCAAACCAGCCUCGCCAGGAGAUUAUCCCCGCGCAGCAGAUCAGCGACUACUCGGACGCGAUCACAUACCUCCAAACUCGCGAUGAUAUUAAAUCCGACAGCAUCGGGGCCUGGGGGACUUCGUAUAGUGGUGGGCAUGUCCUGUGCUUGGGUGCUAUAGAUAGGAGAGUCAAGGCUGUUGUUAGCCAGGUGCCUGUGGUUGAUGGAUGGGAGAACCUCCACCGUUUGAUUCGUCCGGAUUUUCUUCCGCUGGUGGAUGAGUUGAUUCAGAAAGAUCGGCUGGCAGUAGCAGCAGGGGAGACACCGCUGUCUCUACCGGUCGUCAAUGAAGACCCACUGGCGCAAUCAGCUCUUCCAUCGCUAGAGAGCUAUAAAUUCUUCACUACGAAUGGCCGGGGCACAACAUGGUUGAAUACCGUUACCGUGAAAACGCUGGAGGCUCUUAGGGGAUAUAUCCCUGCGGCAUAUAUGAAGCAUAUCUCUCCAACUCCCCUGUUGAUGGUCGUUGCCGACAAUGAUCAAGCCGCUCCGACUGAUUUAGCCUUGAAGGCGUAUGCAAAGGCUCUGGAGCCGAAGUCUCUGCAUAUUGUGCGGGCGGGUCAUUUUGAGGUCUAUGCUGGGAGUAAACUUCAAGAGGCCCUUGAGGCUGAAACAGAUUUCCUCCGCCGGCACCUUUGCUGA